AUGAGACCUGCGCAGGAUAACCAAGGAUCGUUCCUCGGCCGGAUUAGUAUCCGUCGCAAUCAAUUCGUCGACGUCAACAACGAACAAGAGCAAGAAGAUCUCGAGCUUUUCCAAAGACACAUCGCCGAUCGUUUCACCGAGCUUCUCUCUCCUCCACCACAACAACAACCACCGUCCGAUGAAGCGAACACGGUUGCUCCCGUAGCCGCGACGGAGCAGAUCAUGUCCGUGACUUGGCUUCGUAAGCUAAUGGAUGUCUUCCUCUGUUGCGAAGCCGAAUUCAAAGCGAUUCUGUUAAUGGGCCGUGACCCGACCCAGAUUUCUAAACCGCCAUUCGACCGGUUAGUUCCCGAAAUGUUGGACCGGUCCAUUAAAGCGCUUGACAUCUGUACCGCCGUUGUUAACGGAAUCGAUUCCGUUAGACAUUACCAGCGGUUAGCUGAGAUCGCUGUAUCCGCGUUGGAGCAACGUCCGUUAGGUGACGGUAACGUGAGGCGAGCGAGACGCGCGUUGGCGAAUCUCGUCGUCGCGUUGAGCCUCGAGGACAAAGAGAACACAAGCGGCGGAGGAGGAGGCGGAGGGAAUAAGACGACGGAGAGAUCGUGGUCGUUUGGACGUCGUAGCGGCGGAUCGUCGGCGAGUAAAGGAGGAGCGACGAUUGGUCAGCUGAAAUCGUCGUCGUGGGCCGUCGGGAGGAAUUGGUCUGCGGCGAAGCAGAUCCACGCGAUGACGGGGAAUCUGAAUCCGCCGCGUGGCAACGAAGCGGCGGGAUUGCCUCAGCCGAUGUUUAUAAUGAGCACGGUGAUGGUGUUUGUGAUGUGGGUGUUGACGGCGGCGGUUCCGUGUCAGGAGAGAUCUGGAUUAGCGAAUCAUUUGCCUGUGCCGCCGAAACAUUUGAGCUGGGCUCAGAGUUUGAUCGGAAUUCACGAGAAGAUCGGAGAUGAGUGGAAGAAGAAAGAGAAGAAAGGAUCCGCGGGAUUGAUGGAGGAGAUGACGAGGAUGGAGAAGCUUGGUCACUCGUUGAUUGAAUUCGCCGAUGCAUUUCAUUAUCCGGCGGAGAAAGAAGCUUCUGAAUCAGCGGCGGCGCAAGUGGCGGAGAUGGCGGAGAUAUGCCGGAGAAUGGAGGAGGAGCUCGUGCCGUUGCAGCAACAGAUCAGAGAGGUUUUUCAUAGGAUCGUGAGGAGUCGUGCGGAGAUUCUCGAGGUGUUGGAGCAAGCCGGAAAACUUUCGGCGCCAGUUGUGUAA